GUAAACAGUUAAUCACAAAAUUAACACACAAACACACACUUUUAAUUAAAUUACCUAUCAUCAAUUCCCAAUGGCAUCAUCCAUGACCAUGACCACCUCCUUCUUUGGUGGCGCCGUCGCCACCAAGCCGGCCACCGCCACCACCCAUUGCAGCAACCAGCUGGCGGUGAGGGCCUCGAUGGACCCGGAGAAGGUGUUGACGGAGAGCAGCAACACGAGACGGGGCCUCGUGUUGGCGGGGAUGGCCGCAGCAGCCGCGUCGUCCGUCGCAAAAGUCGCAAUGGCUGACACUAACAUAGUUCUCCCCCCUGACUACGAGCCGACCGACCCGGGAGCACCGGAUGUUUUAAUAAUCGCACAAGUCGCGGUGUCGGAAUACAACAAACAGAAGAAGACGUCCUUGACUCUGGUGUCUGUGUUAAAGGCUGAGAAGCAAGUGUUCGCUGGUGUUAGUUACAGGCUUGUUAUCUCCGCCAGGGAGAAAACCUUCGACAAGCCCAACAACUACCUCACCGUUGUUUACGCCCAGGCCGCGCCUACAUCCGUACAGCUCGUUUCCUUCGACCCACUUCUUCUCUAGCUUUUCCACAUAAGUUGCUAGCAGAGUCUUCCUAGCCUCUGUAUAAGGCCUUUUAUUGUAAUUUGGAGUGUAAUUGUUUUCACAAUAUAGAUAAUCCUUCGUUCA